AUGAACCGUCAACGAAAGGUGGAAUCAGCGAUUAUUCGUAGCACCGUUUCUAGCGACAUGCCUAGUAUGGAGAAGCCAAGGACUCUUGCUGUCAUUCAAGAGGCCAAGGACCGGGAUGAGAAUCACAAGAUAAACUCAAAAAAACGUGCUAGAACAGAGGAGUGUUAUGAGAACUCUCCAUCAUCAUCGUCCUCUGACACGUCUAACCCACAACAACAACAACAACAACAACAAGUCACGCAUUCUUCGACACCCAUCAUGCCACGCGAUCGACUCCGAACCAUGGUGAGACACUUUGACUCCAAGGACAAGAGCGAAUUCGCCUGGCGAAUCCACAAACAUCAAAAAAAGAAGCACCAAACCGAGUACUGGUACGACUUUGAACCACCUGAAAAAUUCUGCUCGAACAAUGCCUUUGUCCCCAUUGAAUACAAUUCACAAAUACCGUCGAAUACCAAAAAGAACCAAAU